AGUUGCAUCGCAACAUUGGAAUUUUUCAGUUGAGUCAGAAGGCUUCAAGUGCACGGACAAAUAUUUGCCGCAAUUGUUAUUGAACUCGAUUCGCCCAAGCGAGUUAUGUCAAUAUUGAAACUCCAUUUGGAGACUGAACACUGUGAUAGAUUUUAGUUCAAUUUUAUCAAAACGGCGAAGCUUUGCAAAAGAUAAGCGAGGGGAUGCCUUUUCAUUAUCUUUGAUUUAUAAAAAAAGGGAAAGUAGAGUUUAUCAUCAACAAACGAUAAAAAAAUUUAUGACUGGAAGUUAAACAAAAUCUUCACUGAUCUACAGUUGACAUUUAGUAUCGGAUUGUAAAACAGUUAAGAGCGUCCCAAAGUUGUGAAAAAUCAAGAAUGAAAAAUAUAUAUUUAGUUAAAUGCGUGUUUUGGUGUGCCUUAAUGGUUGUGAUCGUGAAGGCUGAGGAAAUGGAUUUUCAAGCAAAUGAAAUCACACCGAAUGCACCAACCGCCGCCCCAAUGUUAUCGACAACACCUUUGCCGAUUGUUUUGCAAAUGACCACACAACAGACGGUGGAACCUCAGUCAACGGAAAACUCUUCAGCAAAUAAACUGCCAACUGAAGUGAGUAACAGCGGUCAGUUGGAUGGCGAAUCGAAUCAGUUGAAUGCUGAAAAACAUCCGGAUAAAGAAGUAAACAAAAAUGAACCACACAAAACACCCAAUGAUGUGGAAGUUUUCGAACAGAAACCUGGACCGAUAAAACAAAAUCAAGAAGAAGAAGCGGAAGCUGCAGAGCCGGAGCCGGAAGCGGUACCAGAAGCAGAACCUGAAGCAGUAGAAGCUGUACCUGAAGCAGCGGAAGCUGAACCUGAAGCAGCAGAAGCAGAACCUGAGGCAGCGGAAGCAGAACCUGAGGCAGCCGAAGCUGAACCAGAACCGGCUGCAGAACCAGAAGCUGAACCUGCCCCAGAACCGGAACCCGAGGAAAAUCCCGAACCGGAGCCCGAAGAGGCACCCGAAUCAGAGCCUGCCGCACCCGAACCAGAUGAAACCCCAGAAACUGAGGCAGAAGUCAAACCUGAAGCAGAACCAGAACCUGAGGCAAAACCAGAAACCCAACCUGAGGAGGAAAUGCAAAAUGAUGCACCAGCAGCUGAUGAGACCGCACCUGAGGCGACACAAGCCACACUUGUGGCCACUGAUGUAUUAGAUAACAAAGAUAAUAAUACAAAGACUUGCUAUAGCUGUAAUAGCCUGGAAGAGAUCACCUGCAAAGAUAAACCGACGACACAGAUGAACUGCAAAAUAGGUGAUGCGGAUAAAAAUGGCGGUCACAGGGGAUGUUAUACUAUUUUCAAAGCCGACACCAAUAUGACAAUGCGCGGAUGCAUCGAUGAAUUGGCCGAAGAGGGUCUCCGUGAUUGCCUGACCAAGGAUAAAAAUUGUCUUUUGUGCUAUUCGAAUGGCUGCAACAACAAACCAUCGCCCAAUGCCGGAUUCAGGAUCCAGUUGGAUAUAUCCAUGCUGAUACUGCUCAAUGGAAUUGCAUUUGGUUUUAUUAAAUAUUUAUAAAAUGUGACGUAAUUUUUUUUUAUAUUUCUAUUUUUUCACAAUUUUAAUACUUCAAAAAUUGAAAUGAAUAAAUGAACAAAACGUGAUUAGUAACAAGUCAAAAAGUA